UCGACGAAUCUUCUGAAAACAGAGAGUUGGAGCUUGAGAAAGAUAAUAUAAAAGAAAUAGUAGACAGAUCUCUUGAAGUGGUGGUAGAAAAAGACAAAGUAGCUGCUUUUAACAGAGAUCAAACACCAGAA